CCACAACGACUGCCCGGUGCGCUACCAGCUCACCCACUGCCCCACCCUCGAGGCCGAGUCCCCCGAAGGCGUCCACCCCGCCGCAGCAGCAGCAGCCGACGCCCAGGAGGUCUGCUUCGUCGCCCACACAGAGGCCGCCGUCGCCGCCGGCGCGGAGCUGUGCGUGUGGUACGGCCACCUGGCGCCCGAUGUCGCGCUGAUGCAGUACGGCUUCCUGCUGCCCGAUGGCCUGGAGAUGAGCAAGGUCGACCAGAAGGGCGUCACCGCCAACGAGAUCAACGGGGAGGGCCGCCACUCGCCGCCGCCGCCGCAGCUGUCGGGUGAGGCCCUGGAGCGCGGCGCUUUCGCGGUCGACCUGAUCUUUGGUUUCGGCACGGCGUGGGCGCCCACCGAGAAGCUGACCGCCGAGCGCGACCGCCUCGCCGCCCGCGCCGCCGCCUUGGACGCCGCCCGCCCCUUCGCUGAGAUCACGCCCCCUGCCUCGUCGGAUCGCGACGGCCAGAUCCUUGGGAUGGUCCUCCACUGGCUGCACCAGCGGCGCGCGGCGAUCGCGUCCGAGGUUGCGCGGCUCGACGCUGAGAUCGCCGCGCUCGGCGCCGCCAAGCCCGCCCGCGGCGCACGCUUUGCGCCCAACGACCCUGCCGCCGGCAGCGCGAUGUGCUUCGCGGCGGCCUCUGGCAACGUUGCCCUGGUGCAGCUGCUGCUGGACGCAGGGGUGCAGAUCGACGCCAAGGGUCCCAACGGGCAGCGCGCCCUGGUGGAAGUGAUGCGCUGCGAGCCGGGGUGUGCCCCCAUGGUCGCCGCCCUGCUGGACCGCGGCGCGUCCAUUGAUGAAGCCGACGUGCACAGCUGGCAGGCGGUCCACCACGCCGCUGCCCACGGGCGGUCAGACGCCCUGCGCGUGCUGCUCAGCCGCGGGGCCGACCCCAACGCCGCCACUGUGGUUGCAGGCACCGCCCUAAAUCUCGCCGGUUAUGAUUUCGCCGUUCCUGCAGCAGCUGCACCGGGCCUCCGUCCCUUACAGCUGGCUGCCAUGAACAAGCAUCUGGAUGCGGCCAUUGUGCUCCUCGACGGCGGCGCGGAUGCCUCGGCCGCAGAUGCCUCCGGCCAGCAGGCGCUCCAUGAGGCCGCCUCCUUUGACGCCAAGGCAAUCCUGUCUCUGCUGCUCGCGCGAGGCGCGCAGGCGGACGCCGCGAAGGCGGAUGGGACGACCGCCCUGCACCUGGCAGCCGAAAACGGGCUGACAGAAAUGCUGCAUGCGCUUCUUGACGCCGGAGCGGCGCCCAACGCUACCGACAAGAACGGCUGGACCGCGGUCCAUCGUGCAGCAUCGGGCGCCUGCCACGAGGCGCUGCUCGUCCUGCUGCAGCGUGGCGCCGACGUCAACGCGCCCGCCACCGGUGGGAGGGUCCCGCUUCACAUGGCGGCAAAGAUUGGCUGCCAAAUGAGCCUCCAAGUUCUUCUGGACGCCGGCGCCCUGGUCGAUGCCGCCGACGCAGAGGGCCUGCAGGCGCUCCACCACGCCGUUGCAGCUGAGGACUUUGAAGACCAAGUCAACAUUGCCGUCAUGCUGCUGGACCGCGGCGCCUCCUUGGAGGCAACCACGCACGGCGGCCGAACGGUGCUGCACUUUGCAGCCGAGGUGGAAAACUGUGAGCUUCUGGAGACGCUUCUGAGCUGCGGCGCCGACGUGGGUGCGCAGGACAACAAUGGGCUGCAGCCGCUGCACCUCGCGGCCGCCUGCCGGGAUGUCGAGGCGGUGAUCAUGAUCGCCCGCCACAACAGCGCAUGCAUCAGCACCGCGCACAAGGCGUUUGAGGAGACGCGGCGCGCGCUCGAGGAGGAGCGGCGCGCGCUGCCACUGGGCAUGGCGGCGCUCAUUACGGGCGCGGCGGCAGAGAUGAGGCGCCUCGACGCCAGCAGGGCCCGCUUUGACGCCGAGCGUGCCGAGGCCGAGCGCUUGGCCGCUGCCCAGGCUCAGCGGCUGCAGCGGGCGACAGCAGCGGCGGAUGCGGCGGAGGCGCGGGAGAGGUCCCUCGUGGCGCUGGUGCACGAUGCGAUGAACAAGCACACGGCGCGGCUGGGCCGCGAGAUCGGAGAGGGCGCGCGCCUGGAGGAGGGGUGGCCGCUGGGCCCGGCCGCGGCUGGGGUCAACGCGGAGGAGGUGCGCCUGCGGGCGGCGCUGGCGGAAGAGUGGGAGCGCCUGCGGCGGCUGCGAGCCUUGGCUGACAAUGAGGCGGAGCGGCUGCGGCGGAUGCGGGGCGAGGGGUCCCCGGCCUCCACACGAAAGCGGCUGCGCGGGGGCGAGUAG